AUGCGUGCCCUCUUCCUGGUCUGGCUGCGCAUGUGCGUGCCGCACGGCGGCGUCUGGCAGAACUGGGCGCACUUCGUCUGCUGCCCGCCGGCCUGGGUCUCCUUCUGCAACACGGACCGCGACAAGUCACUGACCUACGGCCCCCGCACCCCCCGCUACGGCUUUGAGAUGGGCCACGUCCUGCUCAUAUACCUCCUAGCCCUCACCUUCUCGGUCAUCGCGCCCCUGCUGCUCCCCUUCUCCGUGAUCUGGUUCGUCUUCGCCUGGGUGCAGUGGCGCCACAACCUCUGCUACGUGUACCAGCGCAAGUACGAGUCCGGCGGGCUGAUGUGGACCUACAUGUUCUCGAGGAUAUGCAUCUGCCUCGUCACCAUGCAGCUGUUCACCUUCUGCGUGCUGGCGUUCAAGGGCGCCUACGUGCAGGCGUUCCUCAUCGUGGCGUUCAUGCCGGCGCUGACCAUCAAGUUCCACCGCAGCUGCCACCGGCGGUUCGGCCGCGGGGUGGAGAACGUGCCGCUGGAGCUGGCCAGCCGGGCGCCGCGGGGCCGCGUGCCGCCGCUGGUCUAUAUCCCGCCGCCGCUGCAGGAGAAAAGCUGGGGGUGGUACCCGGAGUGGAACAAGAUUUGGGACGGUUGGGGCAUGCCUACCGGGUACUCCAUCCCCUCGCAGCGCAAGCGCAGCGUGCCCGUCACAGCUGCUGCUUCCAAGCGCGACUGUUGA